CAGGUGCGCUCGAUUUUCCUGAUCUGACCUGGCCAUUGGGAGGACAGUGCACUUUAGGACAAAUAAAUGGGUCAUGCGGUGUGCCGGGAGAGCUAAAUCGGCGAGAAGCUACAGGUAGAGCGUACUUUUUCGACUGACGUCACUCCCAGGGAUGGGCUUGUCACGUGGUUAAAGUCUGCUCUAUCUUGUGGAAAACAACCUCUGAGCUUUAAGGGAAAAAACUGGGAGAAAAACUACUGGAGAUAACAAGCUAAUUUAGCAGGGGCAAAGGUGAUUCCUGGAUGUAUGUAUGAUCUGUAUGUCCAGACAAGGUUUGCAUUCUGACCUGCAAGCCAAUGUAAGUCGUGCUGAGUGACUGCGUGUGAAAGAGGUAUUCCAACACAGGCUCAUCUCUUUCCCCAUGACCUCUGGAGGAGGUCCCUGCGGCCGCACUGAGCGUGUCCGUCAUGAACCCCAUUACGACCAGGUCCCGCCAGGCUCCCUACGCCGAAACGACCCCUUUGACCUUCAACCCCUGAGGUACCAGCGGAGCACCGAACUAGCCCUGAGCUCUGAUCCCCUUCCGCCCCCUCCCCUGCCCGACCAGCCCCCUGUGGGGCCCGAGUAUGACCCCAGCGUCAGUGAGGACAACCCAGACCCUGACCCAGAUCCACACCUCGAACUAGACCCUGCCCUCGACAUCAAACCGGUCCACCGUUUCAUCCCUGACUCGUGGAAGAGCUUCUUCAGAGGGACCAGUCUCCGCAGCAGCAAGCCCUGCCCCAUGCCUGCCUCCUCCUCCUCUUCUAACAACAACAACAGCACCAGUGGCGGGGUGCGCUGCUCGCCCCCACACUCGCCCUCCCUGCCCAGAUCCUACCGGGACCCCUAUGGGGGGUCGGGGGGAAGCAGCUACAACUCCCGCAAGGAGCUCCUGGGAGUGGGUGACCACCAAGAGUCAAUUUCGGGACGCACACUCCACACGGCGCUCACCUACAGCGAGCGGGUGGAAGAGUACCACGAGCGCUACGGCUACAUGAAGUCCUGGGCGGGCCUGCUGAGGAUUCUGGGAUGCGUGGAGCUGCUGCUGGGUGCAGCGGUGUUCGCCUGCGUGUGCGCGUACGUGCACAAGGACAACGAGUGGUUCAACAUGUUUGGCUACUCCUCGCCUGGAAGUGCAUACGGAGGCUACGGAGGGGGGAUGUACGGAGCGGGCACCGGAGGGUCCUACUACUCGGGUCCUCAGACUCCGUUUGUGUUAGUUGUGGCGGGGCUGGCCUGGAUCGUGACUGUGAUAUUGUUGGUGAUAGGGAUGACUAUGUACUACCGCACCAUCCUACUGGAUUCCUCCUGGUGGCCCCUGACAGAGUUUACUAUAAACCUGGCCAUGGCCGUGCUCUACAUGGCUGCAGCUGUAGUCUACGUCAGGGACACCACGCGGGGCGGUCUCUGCUCCCUUCCCAUCUUCAACAAUGGCAUCAACGGGGCUUUUUGCCGCACCGAGGCCGGACAGACAGCCGCCAUCAUCUUUCUGUUCGUCACCAUGGUGAUCUACCUGAUCGGGGCCAUUGUGUGUCUGAAGUUGUGGCGGCACGAGCAGGCACGCAUGUACCGGGAAAAGUAUGGCCUGGAGAUGCAUACGACAGAUUCCCCUGCGGCGCGGUCUUUGAUGCCGGUUCCAGAGCCAAUUCAGAGUUCUACUGUGGUUCCCAUCCAGGCUGCGGUACCCAAGGCAGGGCCACCGAAGGUUCUACAGGGAGCUAUCCCUUCUGGUCACAUCCCCAAACCAGUCAUCAUGCCUGACUAUAUAGCUAAGUACCCAACCAUCCGUACGGUCGAUGAGCGGGACCAGUACCGGGCUGUGUUCAAUGACCAGUACUCUGAGUACAAGGAGCUCCACGCCGACGUGCAGGCCACCACCAGGAAGUUUGACGAGCUGGACGCCAUGAUGCGUGCCCUACCCCAGCACCCCAACAGUCAGAUGGAGUAUGACCGCGUAAACAAAAUCCUUCAGGAGUACCAGAGGAAGAAAAAUGAUCCUACGUUCCAGGAGAAGAGGGAGCGCUGUGAAUACCUGAAGAACAAACUGGCCCACAUUAAACAGAAGAUCCACGAGUACGACAAGGUCAUGGAGUGGAACGAUGGCUACGGCUAAACCAGCAUGGCCUAUCUGUCUGAGGAGACCACUGGGAACCAGUAGGAGACCAGUUAAAACUAGUAGGGACCAGUUUAAAAUAAAGGAAAACAGAUGGGGACCAGUUUAAAAUAAAGGAAAACAGAUGGGGACCAGUUUAAAAUAAAGGAAAACAGAUGGGGACCAGUGCAAACAGAUGGGAGCCAUUUUUAGUUUAAAUUUGAUUAUGAAUGAAACCGGUUCAGGCUGGUUGGAACGGUGGUUUUAAAUGGUGUCCCUUUCCUUUCAGAGACUGCACUUCUUUUUGAACCGGAACAUUUUCUUAAUUAAACCCCAAAAGAAACUGGAGUGUGUGUGCGACUGUGUGUGUGUGUGCAUGAUGGAGAAUUGACCAAAGGGGCAUCUGGAGCAAUGCUUUACUUUUUUACUGAAAAUGACCUUGAUAUGCAAACAAAUACCAGUAUGGUACUGUAACUGGACAUACCACUGUAUCUAAGGCCUUCUAAUCCAUUUCACCAUACUCACGCAACACCAGCUGCUCAAGUGUUUCACAAAGGGAGAACAGGAUUAGGCUGCAAUCCUUCAAAUGGAUCAUGGAAAUUGUUGCAUGCGUUUACAUUUGACAUGCUUUUAUCGAUCACUUUUUUCUACUCCCUCCAUUCCUUGACUCCUAGCUCACUGACUCAUUGGAACACUAGAGUGAUGACGAUUGUCAUGUUGCAAUCCAUUUUGUUUUUACUCAACCACUGUUCAACCACUAUCCAAAGUUAACUUAUUAGGUAACCGUGAUACUAUGGCUCACUUUGGGUAUGGUUUACUACCUGAACUCUUCAACUGCUGUAUCUCAAGACUGUCUGUGUUAUACACUGACCAUCUGGAGGAUUUGUGAAUUUCCAAAUCAUCAUAUUGUGAGAAUCAGGUAACAUACAGGUGUCCCUCCUGAGUGAUGAUUAUGCUUUUUGGAAAGAUCACACACAAUUUCUGAUAUAUUUAAUGACCACACUAAUUUCUGUGUAGUUUUAGUACCAUGUUCUACCAUUUCAUUAAACAACUACUUAUUUCCUCCACUUGUGUUAGGCUAGCAGUUUGUAGUAGUGAAUAACCUUUGCAUGUGCCUUGGUGUGUUAAUGUAAAUAAAUGACUGUUAUAUUUA